UAACGCGUGUAACGUUUCAACGUAAGUCGUUGAACAUGUAAAUUGUUUUAGUUAUUUUAAGUCGGAUUGUAUUACAAGAUGCAGGUGGGAAUUUUUAUCCUUGUUUCGUUUUUGAUGUCUUUGGUCUCAGCCUUGGUGAUACAAGGUCCUGAAAAUAGCCAAACUCUUCCUCCUGGAACUCAAAAAGCGACUUUAAAGGCAAAUCUUGGAGAUUCGUCAAUAAAUCCAAUAGCAGGUAUAGGACCUUCUUCUUUCGGCACGCAAGGUUUUUCCAAUGGAUUAAUUACCGGUAGCAAUAGUCCACUUCCACCCGGUUUUGGUGGGUUUCCUUCAGGAAGGGAUGAUUUCAGUCAAUUUAGUGGUCCUUUCAGUGGUCCUUUUAGCGGUCCAUUUAGUGCAGGAGCACCGCAGACUAAUACAGGUCGUAGUGCUUCAUCGGUGAGUUCUCAAUUUACAAACUUGCCUAUUGGCUCAAAUCCUUUAGAUCCUUAUCUUGGAAUUUUACCAAUAAAUACAGAUCGUGGUUUCUCACCCGUAAGUCCACGUUCUCGUAAUAUACCGAUAAGCACAAGGCAAAUAGGGCCAGUGAGUCCUAUUCGUAUCUUCCCUGGUUUCAUCGGUAGCCAUCAUCAGGAUGUACUAGUCAGUUCAAACCGUCACGGCACAGCACAAAAUCCCCAUCAUCAUGAUAUACCGGCUAUUUCACACACUCAUGAUCCACACCAUACCGAUGUACCAGUAAAAGAUCACCAUCAUGAUGUGAAAGUCAAUCCUCAUGGAGCCGAUGUUAAAGUGAAGGUAAAUCAACACCAUCAUGAUGUACCAGUAAAUCCUCAUCACACCGAUAUACAUGUAGAGACAAAUCAUCACCAUCAUGAUGUACCGGUAAAAUCUGUGCAUAUGCCGACAAAACAUCAUCAUGAUGUACAUGUAGAUCCUCACCAUGUUGAUGUACAUGUAUCAAAAGAUAGGCAUCACCAUGAUGUACCGGUAAAUCCUCAUCACACCGAUGUCCAUGUUUCGAAAGAUCAUCAUCAUCAUGACGUACCGAUUAAUCCUCAUCAUCGUGAUGUACCGGUGAGUUCACAUUCCCACCAUGGACCUCAUGCCGGAGAUGUUCACGUGGAUGAUUUUAAUGUUUAUAGUCCUAGACACAAGAUCGGAGACCUUGUACCCAUCAAACAUCACGGUCCACAUCCACCUCUGCCACCACCCGCUCCAAAUGGCCCAGAAUGUCAGUUCAGUGGUUGUAACAUUGGCCAAGAGUGUGUGAUAGCAAAGACCAUAGUGACGAGGAGUGCGACCUUGUGCCCCCGGGCUUACAGCGGGAGGUGUGUCUGUGUUCCAGGAUGUAUCCACGAUCAGAAAUUCAUUCCCCAUGCCUAUCUAAAAUACGAGGGAAAAUGUAAAUACUGCAAGUGCUUUCCAGAUGGACGGGUUGAGUGCAAAAGAUCCCGAGCAUGUAUGGCAAAAGUAGAAGAUCAAAAAAUUCGCAGACGGAUUCGAAAAAACCAGAGAAGGCAACGACCGACCUUAAAUUUAGGAGGAAUCCUCAACAGAUUUUUGGGGACUCUGUUUGGAUAAUAUUGGAAACUAUUUCGUUAGAAACUAUGCCGUACUAUAUAGUUCAUUGAAAAUAAUAAAAGGAAUUGCACUGCUUGUAUGCGUCCUUUACAUGUAGUUCAAGUUAUUAUGUUUCACCGAGGCGAAUGGUUCAAAUGUAUUAGUAUUUUCUGUAAUUCCAACAAUGCUAUUUGAACAUUUACUAUUGGUAUAUGUAUACCUACUUGAACAUUUAAAGUUAUCGUAGCUCAUGAACAAACACAGUCACUUUGUCAGUAUGUUGAUUGUAUAGUGUAAAUAAACCAUGUAUUUUCA